AUGAUUGCCGAAGCAACCGUCAGUGUCAGUUUCCUUGAAACCUGUCUCUUUGAUCCCCCAUCUUCUUCCUUCAUCAAGAUCCAUCUUCGACUCAUUUACAUCAAUAAACAUACAGCAGUUACUUUACUCCAGAACUAUCAACAAAACCACCAGCCCUUCAAGCUCCCUCAAUGCCUCAAUAUGCCUGAGUACACCACCGAAUAUCUUCAGUAUUGGGGGGAUGAAUGGAUUGCUCGUUGGCCAGAGGGUCACUGGGCUUUGGAAAAUAUAGCAAGGUGCACAUUGCAAUACCUGAAAAUAUACACGAACUUCGAUGUCUGCUCCGGACUGUCGACAAGCCCUUCCUAUAGAUACAGGACUGAGCGUAUCUUUGGCGUCGAAUGGACACCACAUGAGGCUGAUGGCACUACCAAAUACGAAGUCUCAUGUGGCUUCAGCGAACUCGCCUGGCUGGAAAGCGAGUGGGCCAGGGAUCGUUUGGUAAAGUUCGAGGAGCCAUACUGGUCGAACGAGCUUAUUGCAGAGGGCCAGUUUAUGUGCGGCUGUAUCUCCGGCACUCUUUUCAAAAUGGUACUUUGGAUCGAUUGGGUUGAACGACGCUGGGACCGAAUUGUCCGUCAGGUCGAACGUCUGCUCACGGCCCACUCGGAACGUGAAGCAAUUAUUGAAGAAGAGCUGGAGAUAUCCUCUUGA